AUGACCUAUCCUAAACUAGCAGGAACCAAAAUGUCUCAGUUUAACAAGAAUAAAGAUGAAGAUCUUAACUCCGCAUCCUACACAAGAGCCGUGUUAUCCUGUGCACAACAAGCCCUAACAAAACCGCCGCAGACAUCAAGAAGACCAUUCAUUAGCAUGCAGGCUGAGUAUCUUGCUACGGAAGCUUUAACCCUUGGACGCAAAAAAUCAGCCGAGGCAGUUAAGGUUAAGAGGGCUUUGCAUAAUCAACUGCGGAAAGAUUAUGAAAAUGAAUGGGACAGAAGAGUCAAAGAGAUGGAAGAAGAGUGA